GGUGCCUGGAUCAUCGGAAUUGGGAGAUCUGGAGAGCACUGAAAUGAAUAAAGAAAGCGCGGAGGGACUGGGGAGCUGGCCAGCCUGGAAUUCCCUCCAGCAAGCAGUGAGUUAAAGAGAGCAGGUUUGGGCGGGAAGAAAAGCAGCUCAUACUCACCCCCUCCCCUUUUUCUGCCUGUCAGCUUUCCCUGCAGGUCAAUCGGCAGGCACGGAGCACCAUCUGCAGCAUCCCAUCUCAGCAGCUUCCGUGCAGCUUCGUUUCCCAACUGCACCUCUCCCCCUCCUGCCUCCUUCUACUGAACGCCGCCGGUGCAAUGAGCGACGACAUCAUUGACCAGGUGCGGGCCAAGAUUGCUGCCGAAGGAGCCGACUGGCUGCGCCAGCUACUCGGCUCAUUCGGUACGCAGGAGCAGGGGGGACAGGCGGCGAGCAGCGCCAGCAGGCGCCCGGCCCACCGCGCCCGCCCUCCCUCUCGCCUGAGCCCCAGUCCCCCGCGCACUACCCGGCGCACGUCCUCCUCCGCCGCCUCCCAACCCCCGACUGCCGCACCAGCGAGGCGGCGCGGGGAGGCCAGGACAAGGGCCCAGGCGAGGGCGCGCGACGGCACCACUGCCACCAAUGUCUCCCGCGUGCAAAAGCCCCCUGCCAGUACAAAUAAGGCAAGGAGGGCUGCACGCAGGCCCAUACAAUCAGCCCCUGCCCCUAUUAGCCCCACCAAUCCACUAGUAAUGGCCCCCUCCAUGGCACCUACCAGCCCAGCAUCCCUAUUUAAUGCCACCAACCCCCAUAGCAGCACUGGGCCUGCUGAAACCAUGGGGCAAUAUGACCCACUAGCAGCUGAAUUUGAGGAAGGGGAGCUCCCACUGGAGGAUACUUUUUCCAACCUGGGCAGCCUGUCCCCAGACCACUUUUUCUCCACCCAGCCACCCCCGUCACCCCCCCCACUUUCCCCACCUGGAUCUGCCAGCUACGAGCCGCCGGCUCACUAUAUAUAUGAGGCACCCUUGGCCCAGGCACACUCCAGCUCCCCCCGGCAACUCGGGGGUGCACCCACAGCAGGGACUACCCAGGGUACGGAGGCGCAUAGGCACCACCGUUCCGCUGGCGCCAUUAGUGGGGUGUCGGCCGGCAUACAACCCGCCACCACCCAAUUCAGGAGCACGGUCGUUCGGAGGGCGGCCUCCACACGAUCCACCUCACCUGGUAUACACGGCCACUAUGGCAGUCCCACCCUUGCUGACGAAGGCUACCACCUCGGCAGACCCAGGCUACGCGAUACAUCUGGGCAGAGCCCGAGAUCACACCCGGUAGCAGUACCUGCAACCUCCAUUCCAGCUAACCGCGACAUACCUAGGCAGGACCGGAACCCAACGGUGGCGGACCUUCAGAGAGCUGGUACCAGCAGCGGAACAGGAGGGAAUGGAAUGCCCAGUAUUCCUAUGGCGCAUGGUGGAGGACAACUGCUGAGCAUGGUCAGGUCCUCGGUAACCCCAGCUACAUGGCAAGCAUACGGUAACGCAUGGGGUGAGUGGCUUCCAUUCACCAAGGGCAGGAAUGGCGAAGACAACCGCCAGCUACGCGACAGCACAAUUGCUUACCUCUUAGAGCUGCGAGCCAGGGGCGUGUCAGCCGUGUCCGCGCAAAGGCGCCUCACCGGCCUGGCCUUUUUCUUUAAGCUUAUAGGUUGGCAGGAUGUCACCAAGCACUUCAUAAUCAGGCAAGCCCUCAAGGGCUGGAAGCGCGAAGGCAAAAAAGGGGAUACGCGCAGACCAGUAGAUUUCCAGCUGCUACAGCGCUUGCUAGCCCCUCUGCAGGUCAUUUGCAGGUCCCAGUACGAAACCGCACUAUUCCAGGCAGCAUUCAGCUUGGCUUUCUUCGGGGCCCUUCCCAUUAGCGAGCUAGUCCCCCCGAGCGCCAAAAAGCCAGGCGGCUUAAUGCAAGAGGAUAUGAUAAUAAACCAGAAGUUUAUACGCUUCCGGUUAAGCAGGUCAAAAACAGACAUAAUGGGGAGGGGCUGCUGGGUAACCAUCUCCGCCAUUCGGGGCCAGGCUUGCCCAGUAAAUCUGAUUAAUGCUUAUGCAGCACUAAGGCGCGCUGGGACGAAUUUCCUCGUCCACGAGGAUGGCGCCCCCCUCACUCGCUACCAAUUUAGCCGCCUUUUCAACAGAUGCUUGGAGCAUCUGGGCUUAAACAAAAAGGAGUUUGGUACGCAUUCCUUUAGGAUCGGCGCAGCGACCGAAGCUUGUUUACAGGGCCUCAGCGAUUCAGCCGUAAAAACUGUGGGAAGGUGGAAGUCCAACUGUUUCGCAGCAUAUGUCCGUCCCAACCUGAUAGUUAAUUAGUUUUC